GACGUUUGCGGUUACGUUGAAAGUGAAAAGUUGUGACAGUUUGUGAAAUCGUAAAGUUUGUAUCUUUGUUCAAACAAAUUCAACUUUAAUUGUGGAAUUACAUACCAAUUGCAUUUAUUUCGUCACCCAAGGUAUGUCCGAACUAUUAAAAUUAGAUGAGAGAGAUUGCACAGAUCUAUGCAAGUCUAUACAACAUGCCGAUCUUAUUUGUGGAGCAUUAACGAAAAGGCAACCGCUAGACUGCCAUAUAUGCGCAUACUUGCAGCUGUUAUGCUGUCGUUGUGAAAGCGUCAAGGAUAGAUUGGGCCGGACUGCAUUACACAUCGCCGCCUCCUGUGGACGAUCAAACGUAAUUAAAUGGCUAUUGAAAGUCAAACACGCCAAUAUCAAUGCAAAAGAUUACGAAUCUGGUUACACUCCUUUGCACAGAAGCAUAUUUUAUGGGAAAAUUGAUGUUGCUGUUCAUUUGAUAAAAUUAGGUGCAAAUUUUGGAAUUACCGAUUUUAAUGGAUUGACCAGUCUGGAACAUGCAAUGAAGGAUUCAUGGAGAACAUCGGGUCUGCGGGAAAUUAAGCACGGCGAGGUUUAUGUUUGGGGUUCAAACACAAAUUAUACCUUCGGAAGUCAAGAAACUCGAGUUAAUCCGGAAUUGCUGUACGCAUUUCACAAGGAGUACCCAAAUAUCACUGUGGGGCAUAUUUGUCUAGAGAAAUUUCAUUGCUUAAUAUUAACAUCAGAUGGGAAGGUGUAUGGUUGUGGUCACGGACAAGGCGGUCGUUUGGGCUUAGGAUCCGAAGGCACUGUAAUAACGCCUAAGCAAAUUAAAUUAGCUGCUAGUGGCCAUGCGAAUCCUGUAUUGUGUAAGAAAGUUAGCAUAUCUAUCGAUCACAGCAUAUUUUUAUCCCAAUCUGGACAUGUCUGGACAACUGGCCUAAACAGCUAUAGGGUACUAGGAAUUCAACCUCCACCGACCAAAUCUUUAAUACCAGUUCCUUUGCCACUACUUCCAGAUACGAUCGAAGAUGUUGGCGCUGCAAAGUAUCAUUCGAUAGCGUGGGGUUCUACAGCAGUAUACACGUGGGGCUUGAACGCAGGACAGUUGGGUCAUGAGAAAACCAGUGACAAAUACAUAAUUGCUCCAAAAUUGGUUUCGUGCACAUUUGGAGUUGAUAUUAAAAUUAAAAUGGUGGCAGUCAGUAACGGGGCUACUGCCGUUUUGACAUCUAAAGGUGAUAUUUAUGUACUUCAUGAGUAUCAUUGUCGGAAAAUUUUAAAAAACCAAUUAAAUCUAAUUUCCAUAAGUGUCAUUGGUGGAAAACUAAAUGAAAAGCUGGAUAACAGUUUAACAGAGGCGAAUCAUGAACUAAAGAUUGUCGCAUUGAGUAACGUCGGCAAUUUAUAUCUAUGGCAAAGUUCUUCGCCCCAGUUCGCUCGAUGCAUUUAUUCCAUAAAUCGUUCCUUGAGUAUUCGUCAAGUCACCUUUAACCUAAAUGAAAUUUUAUUUGUUACAAAUGAUGGUGAAGCAUUCAAGGGGAUCGUUAAGCCGAGGAAGAUAAAAAUGAUCGAAAACAACUUGCAAAUUCAGAAGAGUGAUUUUCACGAAUUUAUAGACUCAGGCCAACUAAUUAAGUUGAGUAAGAUUCAUCACGUACAUCGAGCUUUGUCGAUUAGUAGUGAUUUUAAAGGACGAAACUAUGCCGUUUUGCAGGCAAACCCCAACACUUUUGUGAAAAGGCCGCCAGUGGUUUCCCCUUCUGUUAUGAAGCAAGACAUGUUUAUGUUUUUACACGAAACUGCCGAAGAUGAUGCUAUUAACGACGUAAUUUUUAGGGUAUCAAAACGAUAUUUUCCUGCACAUCGUUACAUUAUAGCAUCGGGCGGUGGUAAAUUACUCGAUGUAGUGAACGCAAGCCAAGAUCUAGUGGUAGAAUUAGUAAACAUAAAACCCGAAAUUUUUCAACAACUCUUGAUGUUUAUAUACACUGGUACCUGUGACCUUCUGAACAGUUGUAAAUGGGAAAUCAACUCUUGUGAGUGCGAUCAACGUGAGCGAGACACUGGAAAUGUUUGUUCCGGAAAAGAUCCAGUACGGUUAUUGCAAGAGGCUGCGAAGAGAUUUGGUCUAAAAGGGUUACAGAAUAUGUUAAACAAUGUUUACUAUGAAGACGGCUGUGUUUAUGUAAAAAACACGAACGUACAGGUAGAAUUGCGAAAAUUUAAUCGGAUGUCUUAUCCAGGCUUACAUGAUGUAGUUUUAAAAACAAAGGAUGGGAUUGAAAUGCAAGCAAAUAUUUGUAUCCUGUCUGCACGUUUAGAGUACUUCAACAAUUUAUUUUCUGUGAGAUGGAAUCAGGAUUCACGUACUAAACACAUUACGUUACCAUUUCCAUCUGCAAUUUUAUUACAACUAAUCGAAUUUUUAUACACCGACGAACUGCCAUUGCUCAGGAAGGAGGAUGUUGAUCACAUAUGCCAGCUGUUAAUACUAGCUGAUCAGUUAUUUGUAAUAAGACUAAAAGAGAUAUGUGAGCAUACAUUAACUUCUUUUGUAACAUUAAAAAAUGUUGCCCAAAUGAUCUCGUUUGCGACAAUCUAUAAUGCAAACCAGUUGAAAAAUUACUGUAUGGAGUUUGUAUGUGUCAAUUUAUCCUGUAUAUUAGAAUCGAAGUGUCUAGAAACUCUAGAUGACGAAGAAUUAUGUGAUAUUACAAAUUUUUAUUCAACAUUUCACCCCAUUAUGGAAUGUCGCGUGAUUACUCCAUACUCCUAUGCCCCAUCCGAUGAAGUAUUACUUGAAGCAAAUAAAAUAUGUGAGAUUUCAUUCAAUGAAGAAAGUAUUAGUGAUAAACACGCAUCUAAAACACAAAAGAAAAGAACAAGAAUCAGAAAGACUAGUACCAAGGAGAUUGCUGUAAAUAAAGAGUAUGACCACUUUCCCACCUUUAGUUCGCCUGAGAAAAUCGAAUUGGAAAAUAUUGAGGAAAAGCAGACUAUAGAGACCUACGAAAUACGUAGAGUGAAAUCUAGGCUGAAAGCUUUAGAAAUGGCAAAGGAGAUUGUUAAUUGUGAUAAUUCUAUGCAAGAAUAUACUAAACUACCUUUACGUCACCGUACCAUAAGUAUAACGCCAAUGGACUUUCCAGAACUAACUAAAGAUUAUAUCCCGACUUCGCCCACGCCCAAGUCUUCCAAAGUGGAGAAAGUAGAAAUUAAACAAAAAAUCACCAAGCUGUCUCAGAAACAAAGAAAACGACUGUCGUCUGAGAGUAGCGUGCAUAGUUUAGACACUUCUAGUGCGAACAUAAACCUUUCUGAAAGUCCAAGAAAUCCUUGGAAAAUACCUUCUCCUCCAUUAAGCAGUUCUCCUAUAGAAGUUUCAUAUGCUACCACUGCAAUGCAUUCUAUUAUUGAUGAGGAACGAAAACAGAAGCAAAACUUUGUCAAGAUGAAGUCCAAACUACUAGUUCACACUCAAAUAGAAGACAAAGCAAUAGAAGAGUUAGACAAAUUUUAUAAUGCUGGCAAUAUCUCUGAUGAAAUUAUUACUAUUAAGAGAGUGCAAACUGGAUUAAUUGCGUCGCCUGUAUGGGUGAAAUAGAGUAAUGGCUAUGUUACAAUAUCAUUAUGUGCUGUAGAUCUGUGAAGUGAUUUUUAAAGAGGUUUUUGUGUAUUUAAUGAAUAAAUACAGAAGAUGAAAUGGGAAAACUAUUAUAAUGCUAUGUGAAACUAUCAAAUUGGUUUUCUGUAACGUAGGAUUAGGAUCAGCCUAAGGCUGGAACCACAUGAUACGUGAUUUACGGACGCAUUGUUACCACGUGACCGUUAAAAACCAAUGAAGAUCGCUAAAUCUCAUAACUCAAUGGUCACGUGCUAACAACUCGUCCGUGAAUCACGUAUCAUGUGGAUCCAGCCUGAGAGUCUUAUGCCUGUUAUCUGUGAUAAAAUGAAUGUGAAGAUAUAUGUAUUGAAAUGAGCAGAUAGGUUCACUAAUAGUGUAAACUUAAGGCUUGUGUAUUGAAUUUUCAUUGCUCUUUAAAAGUUACUUAUUUAUUGUUUUUGUGUUAGUACCUAAUUAACUUAAUUUUGUGUUGUGUCAUAUAAUUAUGCAUAUACGUGUGUCGCAGUGAGCCAACUUCAAAAGAAAGGUAGGCAAUAUUUGUCUGAUGCGAAACUGGUUUACAGAAAGCUGAUCAGAACUUGCAGUUUAAUUUUUUAAAUACUUUAAGCAUUACUAUUUCUAAGUAGGUACUUUACCUAUUUUGUACAAAAUAUGUGGUAGACAUUUUGUAUAAUUCAUCAUUUUAUAGAAUGCCUAGGCAUUUUAUAAAACGCGGGCAGAUAGUUAAAUGAAUGUGUUAGAGCUCGUUUUUUAUAAUCUGCCGGUCUCUUUUCAGGCAUUUAGUAAGAGCCUAAAUUUAUUAAGUCAUUUAGUAAGUGACUGAAUUUAUUUUAGUCAUCUAAUUAAAUACUUCGGGAACGAAUUUGAAAGCGUGGUCACUUACCUACUUUUCCUACGUGUUUGGGGUUAUUGACAGUUUGAUUAUUUGUGUAUUUGAACCUCGUGCGUGAAAAAUGGAAAUUAAAGAAAACAUCUACAACAGCUUAGAUGCUUUUUAUUCUAGUAACUAAUUUAUUUAAAACUUAAUGAGUACCUACAUUAAACAUGUUGCCAUUUUAUAAACUGCCUAGUCAUUUCGUGAAACAAUUUGACGUGCGAGGCAGUUUCUUCCUCUUCAUAAGGGAUGCCAUUUAUUGAUUUCGAAGGGGAAGGAAACUAAAUCGCUUAGUCCUAAAAAGUACACUGUGUUACAGUUUGCCCAUAGACAAAUCACAUUGUCUAUGAGUUUGCCUGCGUUUUAUAAAAUGAUGGAUUUUACAAAUGCCUACGACAACACGCAAUUCAAUAUUUAGUCACUUACUAAAUGCCUGAAAAGCAACCAGCAGAUUCUAAAAUGCGAGCACUAACGCAUCCAUUUUAUUAUCUGCCCGCGUUUUAUAAAAUGACGAAUGAUACAAAAUGCCUACCACAUAUACACAGGGUGAGUUUUUUUCAUUUUAAGCAUUGGGAUCUCAGAAACCAUAAGACAUACGGAUUCGGUUAAAUGAAGAAAGAGAUGUCGUUUUAAGAGCUUAUUUAAGAUAAUAAUAAUAAUAAUGUAU